AUGAAUAUAAAAAAAAAACUAAUAAAAGAAGUAGAAAAUUUCAGAAGAACCAUACUACUUAAAGGCAGUCCAGCUUUUAAGAUCGGGGUUUGGGUUUCUGGAUUAACUAUUGGACUAACUUGGAUUUUAUUUAGCGAAUACAAUCAGCCGAAAACUAAUAAUUUAUUUUUUAAAAAAAAAGAAGCAGAUAUCUUUACUAAUGAAGAAAUAGAAAAAUGGAAUAAACCAUAUUUCUCUAACAAUAAACAGGAAUUAUUAGUGAAAGAUUCUAAGCUAACAGUCGAUGAAAAAAGAAAAAUAAUUCUAAAAGAAAUAUAUAAAUAA